AUGGCAUCAGACGAGGCCGCGCCCCUCCGGACUUACAGAGGCAACUGCCACUGCGGGGCGUUUGUGUACGAGGCGGAGCUGCCCGAGAUCACGGCGGCGACGGAGUGCCCCUGCAGCAUCUGCCGGAAGAAGGGCUACCUGCUCGUGGGAGCCAACACCGAGACGGCGCACUUCAAGGUGGUCAAGGGGUCACUGAAGAGCCUGCCGGAGUACACGUUUGGGACCAAGGCGUUGUGCCACAAGUUUUGUUCGAAUUGCGGGACUGCGGUCCUGGCUACGGUUCCAAGCGCGCAGGCGCCGGAGAAGAACAUUUAUCUGAACGUCCACGCCAUCCAAGGAAUUGACACAUGGACGCUCAAACGCACGCCUGUCGACGGAACCAAGAUUGGAGCCCCGUACGAAGAGCCCAAGCACACCGGGCCGGUGCCAACGGUCGAGGUCGAAGGCGGCAAGUUGUACACGGGCAGCUGCCACUGCGGUAAGCUCACCAUUGCGGCCAAGAUCAAACGUCUUGAGGACGACAAGGACUCUGGCAUGAUUGAGUGCAACUGCAGCAUCUGCGAGCGGAACGCCUAUCUUUGGGUGUACCCCAAGGCCGAGCAGGUAGUUCUCUCGGGCCGCGCAGAGGACACGGGGCUGUACCGCUUCAAUCACGAGGUGCAGGCUAAGCCGUUCUGCCGCACGUGCGGCGUCAGCAUGAGCAACCCGUCCAACGCGGCGACAACGGCCAACGAGGCGGCGGCGCGGCUGCCGUACGCGGAUACGGCGCAGCGUGAGCGCGUGCGCGAGUACGUAGAGAAGCAUCGGACGAUGCACCCAGUCAAUGUGCGCGUGCUGCAUGGUGUAGAUUUUCAGAGAUUGCACGUCAAGAGGUUCGAUGGGGCGAAGCUGAUUCCGCCGCCUUACGUGAACCCGUGA